AUGAUUCUGUGCCCACACUCACCGAGAGGACAUUUAAUGGAAUAUAUCAGUCUACACCCUAUAUUCUGGGGUUCCAACCACCAAGGUCACAACCAUGACGGAAUAUAUGGAAUUAAUGUAAACCUGGACAUCAGUCACACUUAUAGGUCACAUGUUUUGUCUUAUCAUCUUGGGGUGGUUGCUCCUCCUCCACCAACUAAUUCAACAUCAACAAAGAACAUCACCAGAAAAAAAAAUAAAUUCAUGAAAUCAGAACUCAAUCUCAAAACUGCAGCGAUCACCAAAUACAUCAACACGCUUAUCAUAAACUUCAACUCAAAAACCUUCACUAACAUCAAGCGUGGAAGCGAAGCCAUAUGGGACCAAGUUAACAAAAUUAGAGGCUCUGAUAAAUCAUUCAACACUCCAACCUCACAACACAUUGAUACCAACACACUCAACACCUACAUGUCUACCGACCUGUUCUAUCAAACCCCACCAACUAAAUCAACAACAAUUAAUAAUCAUCAUCAACAUCAACAACCCGUCCUACACAUGCUAAAACAGGCCUGCCCAACCGGUAUAAGGUCCAGACAGUCUACCAUCAUGAUAGCCAGUGCAAGAGAACAAGAUAUGGAGAUAUAUGAGAAAAGAAAGGGACAGGAGCAACUAGACGAGCAGCGGAGUAAAAAGCUUUACUUGAAGGAUAGAGUGUAG